AUGUUAGGAUAUCACCCACAAACAAACAUUGAAGGAGAUAACUGGAGACAAACCACCAGAAUCCAGGCAACCAGCCAAGGACAUGCCCCAUACAGGAACAAAAAUGUCCAAGAGCGAUGCCCAUGCCUCUGCCUUCUGGGCAUCAGGGAAGACAAGGUACCCGUGGCUCCUCCUGCAAGUGCCCUGGAGCCACAGGGACGCAUCGAUGAUGGGCAGCACAGGACCCAAGAGGGAGAGCAACAAGGGACCGGUAACCUGGAGGAGUCUGUGACCACUUUGUCUUCAGCAGAGGAUCGUGACUCCCCAUCUGAGUCCAGCAACUGGAGGGAGGACAUCGAAUCCACUCCCAUUUUGGCAAGUGUCCUGCAGCAAUGGAGGAACAGCUACGAUAUACCAAGGCAGGGUACUUAUGAUGUGGAGGAUUUGCCCAACUCAAUGGAUUCAUGGGAAGAUGACACCCUCGAUGACAUCAGCAGCCUGACUGAUGAGGAGUGGGACUCUUCUUCAGGAUCAGUGAGGAGCGAGGAGGAAGAGGAAGUCCUGAUUCCUAGGGAAUUCCUUCCAUUGAGGUCAGCCAAGGCAAAGGAGCUCCUCAAGAAGAUCUACCUGGCAUCCAGACCCUCCUCUGGAAACAUCAGCCAGGUGGCACCAGCCCUGCGGUAUGUGGCCCAGAAACUCCUGGAAGUGACCACGCACCAGCUGUUGGAGCUGCCUUGGAGUGCCUGCAGUAAGCUGAUGUGGACCGUCAUCAGCUCACCAUACUGUAGUGUGGAUUUGGUCCUGGAUCUGCUCCUGGCCAAGGUGAAGGAGGGCCCUUGGCUACCAACUGGAGAGGAGCAGCAGACUGAGCUCCCCAUCACUGCAGCGACGGCAAACGCAACAAGGAUCAUUGGGCAGAUUGUGAAGUUCACCGAGGAUCCCAGGGUGCUGGAGGCUUGGUUCCCCGAGCUUCUGCUAGGGCUGGUGAAUAACAUCUUCGAAGUCGCCAGUCUGCAGAGUCGGAACCAAACAAGACACUGCCUGCCUCCCAAGUAA